AUGAUUCAUGGUCCGUGUGGGAAUGCUAAUUUGAAUUGUCCUUGCAUGGUUGAUAAAAUAUGUUCAAAAAACUUUCCAAAGAAAUUCACACCACAUGCAACUAUUGAUUCAAGUGGUUUUCCUGUAUACAGAAGAAGAGAUCCAGGUCAUACAGUUAUAAAAUCUGGUGUUAGAUUAGACAACAGAAAUGUUGUUCCUUAUAACAAAAGGCUUUUAAAAAGAUAUCAAGCACACAUUAAUGUUGAAUUGUGUAAUCAAGCCGGUUUAGUGAAAUAUUUGUUCAAGUACAAUAACAAAGGUCCUGAUAUGGCUACUGCGGUAGUUUCUGGUGAUACAAAUUCAACCAUCAAGGAAAAGCCAAAAGACGAGAUCAAGGAGUAUUAUGAUUGUAGAUAUAUUUCAGUUUGUGAGGCAUCCUGGAGAAUAUUCUCUAAUCAGGUUCAUUAUAGGUAUCCUGCUGUUAUGAGGCUUCCCUUUCAUUUGCCGGGCCAACAGAAUGUUGUGUAUGGUGCGGAUGACGAUAUUGAUAAUGUUUUAAGCAAGCCUUCUAUUGCUUCUUCAAUAUUUGUGCAAUGGAUGAAGUUGAACGAGACAAAUGAAGAUGCUAGAAAGCUGACUUAUGUUGAGUUUCCUUCCAAAUUUGUUUGGAUACUUAAAGAUAGAUGUUGGCAGGUUAGUGCUUCCUGA